AUGUCCGAGUCGCCGAAAUCCGAGAAAUAUAUGUGCCUGACCAGGUACAGCACUCCCGUGCCUGAACUGGAUGACCAUCGAUUCCAAUUGGAUCCGCCGCGCUUUGAAGCCUCCCCCGACAUACCUCUCAGUCCGCAAAACACCGCUCCACAGGGCUUCAACCCCGAGACCCCUCAACGCCCAGACUUGCUUAAUAUCCAAGAUGCGCUUCGGGAAGCCGGCUCUCUCUCGCGUGAUUUUGAACAAGUGAUUGUCGACGAUGAUCGAUCAGGAAAUGACUUCAAUGCUAUGGGGCGUCGUUUUUCCGUUGACCCCACAGUGAACAUCCGUCACGGCCGCACCUAUAGCCGCGCGCAUCAGGAUCUUGCAAAUUUGUCGUGCGAGUCAUCUGUGUCUGCUAGGUCAACAUCCCCACCUAACUCUGUUGAGGCAUUCGCAGACCCACGUCGCCGGGAACGUGCAAACACUUUAGAAAGCCACGGAGCCCCGGAUCUAGAGGCUAUCCUUCAACGUACGGUAUCGGGCGGCACGCAUCCUCGACGCCCGACUUUUAGUAAUGCGAGUGUCAUAAGACCACAGCCCGGAGACGUACAGUUGGACCCGACCGAUGAUGCUUGUCUUCCAACAUUUGAGCAGCCCGGUAGAAUUCCGGUGAUUGACUAUGAAGAGCUGGAGGAGUUUGUCGCUCUCAGCCAGAAGGAAAAGCCCGCAGCAAAUUGGCGUAAGCACAGCCUUAGUUCGCAAAGCAAUCAGCCGCGAGUCUUUUACGACCUGCGUCCGGGGACUCAGAAAUCCGAGGAUGAAGUGAAGUGCUCUUCGAGCACGGAGCGUUCCUCGGAUGAGAUUUCGGAUGCGACAUCGACGAAGAAUGAGAAAAUUGACGCGGACGCUGUGGACGAAAAAGGACUACUGGAGAAUUUGAAGAACGAGAACGAACCCACCCGUUUUGGCUUCUUCUCGUCCGAAUCACAAAGCACUGUGCACGCUGCAGAGCUGGGCGAUCUGGUGCUACCAGGAGACACCUUCCGGGACCUCUUCCAGCUUGGUCCAGAAGGGGGUGUCUGGUGGCUCGAUGUCCUGAACCCUACAGAGGAUGAAGUGGGCGCUUUAUCCAGAGCUUUUUCCAUUCACCCGUUGACAACCGAGGACAUCUUGACCCAGGAAGCUCGCGAGAAGGUCGAGCUUUUCAAACAAUAUUAUUUUGUCUGUUUCCGGACGUUCUAUCAGGUUGACAAGACAAGCGAGCAAUUUAUGGAACCCGUCAAUUUCUAUAUGGUCGUCUUCCGUGAUGGGGUGUUGUCAUUCUCAUUCACCGAGAAUCCCCAUGCAGCUAAUGUCCGGAGGAGAAUCGGAAAGCUCCGUGACUAUGUGUCUCUGAGCAGUGAUUGGAUUUGUUACGCCAUGAUCUUUGGUCCCGUCAUUCGCGAGAUUGAGGUUGAGUCCGAGGCCAUUGAGGAUUUAGUGUUCAUCGCGCGUAUGGAUGAUUUCGAGUCUUUCCUACCGCGCAUCGGUGGCCUGCGUAAGAAGGUCAUGAGCUUGAUGCGCCUCCUUGGUGGUAAGGCGGACGUCAUUCGGGGCUUCUCCAAGCGUUGCAACGAACAGUACUCGGUGACGCCGCGUGGGGAUAUUGGUCUAUAUCUGGGCGAUAUUCAGGAUCAUGUUGUGACCAUGAUGUCCAACCUAGCUCAUUUUGAGAAGAUGCUCAGUCGCUCCCACACCAACUACCUUGCGCAGCUGAACGUCACUAACCUGAUGCUGGGAAACCAUGUCAACAAGGUCCUGAGCAAGGUGACGCUCAUUGCCACCAUGCUGGUCCCCAUGAACCUCAUCUGCGGUCUGUUCGGCAUGAACGUUCAUGUUCCUGGAGAGGAUGCUGAAGGGUUGGGGUGGUUUUUCGGGAUUCUGGGCGUUAUCGCGGCCAUCAUCGUUCUCAGCGGGGUAGGCUCUGUCUCAGCGGACACCCUCGAUCCCACGGCUCUCGCAUCCGGCAGCCACGGCCAUUUUAUUCUCGGCGAUUCUAGCCCGCCAUUUUUAUUUCCCCUUGCGUCAUAUAAUGGUCUGGAAUUCGAAGAUGUCGAUGAGGGUGAUGCGCGUGGGCUAGAUCUAGUCCGUCGGGCCUCCGCUGGUGUUUCGUCCCUAGGGAAUAACCAGUACCAAGAGGGUACUUUAAAGAUGGGAGAAACGCAGUGGUGGUAUUUCCCGGUCAGUGGAGUGAAUUCCAGCAACACCUCUGAAAUCCAGAGUCGUGAUUACUCAAAGCGCUCGACAACCGUUUACCUGUCCCUAACCGCCUGCUCGAAACCCAGUCUUAACAAAACAGGCUCUACUAGCGCAAUUGCCGUACCGCAGCUGAAAGUCUACUUGUCUGAGUCCGUGGAUAAGCCUGGGCCAGACAAAGAUGGUGCAGACCAGACUGUACAUGUGGCGGCGGAGGGCUACAUGGGAACCACUUUGUUAGUGGACGAUGAUGUCUACAUCGGAGUGACAGCUCCUAAUGACACGGAGUAUUCCGGAUCGUUUACCUAUCAGAUUGCGGCCUCAACGGAUGCGUUCUUCCACAGCGUCGACGAUACCGAUCGGCUUCUGUAUCUGGUCGAUUCGGACACUGGCGCAGCCCUUCUAACAACCAAAAACCUCACUGGAACGGAUCUUACCUCACAGAACUAUAGUUACUGGAUGAACAUGACGCCUCCUUACACAAUGUUUGCAAACAACCUCAACAAUACCGCCAUAUCGGGCCUGGAGCGGUCAUUCUGCGCUCUCAACCAGCUUGCGCAGAUUGGAAAAGCCGACGUUGACACGAGCAUGACUACCCGAGGUGCGGUGAUGAGGCCAACGGAGCAGUUUUAUGUUACCGGUCUCAACAAGAGCUCUACUUAUCUCGGGAUUAUGGCCCAGUAUGGCAAUUCGACUAGUGCAGGAAAUGGAAUCAUCGGAGGCGGUGGGAAGGUCUGGAAACCCAUGAACUUCACAACCAAAAAAGAUGACAACUGUGCUGUCGUGUAUGACUUGCCAUUUUGCUCCGAGAUCGCCUAUGCGGUGCCAUCAAAUCCGUCACUGAGCAUGGCAGACCUUCGCAAAAUAUACGACCAGAACGCAUCCUCUCUGUACCAAGGAUUUAACUAUUCCCUACAACAAAUCCAGUGCAACACAUCAAGCGAGACCAUGUUCUCACUUGCAGUGUCAUGCGAUACCUGCGCAGAGGCGUAUAAGCAGUGGCUCUGUGCCGUGACGAUUCCCCGAUGUGCGGAUUUUUCCAGCAACGACUCUUUCCUCCAGAUUAGAAAUGCAGGCCAACCUUUCUUGAACGGCACCUCGAUAACUAACUCGACACUGUUGGACAAUCCCGCGACAAAUAAAUCUCGAAACCCUCUAAUAGAUAGUGAGAUCCGCCCGGGACCAUACAAAGAGAUUCUCCCGUGUCAGUCAGUCUGCCACAGCUUGGUCCGAAACUGCCCGUCUGCUCUAGGGUUCAGUUGCCCGGUGGGCCAAUGGGCCAAUGCCUCGUACGGCGUGCGAGACCCUAACGGCGACAUCACCUGCAGUUACCUGGGAGCAGCGUAUUAUCUGAAUGCAGUCUCUAGCCUGCAUGAGAGCAUCUGGAUGACUAUAUAUGCGGUGAUCGGUACCUGGUGCUUGUUCUGGGUGCUCAAGUAG